AUGGAGCACUGCUUUGUUUCACCAUGGUCAUUUGGUCACGAGGGUGAUGAGGAGCACAAGCUGAAGAAUCCGCGUGGUAUCGCUACAAACCAUAGAGGACAAUUCCUGAUAGCAGACAAUGGGGAUACAACCGUGAAGGUGUUUGAUAGCAACGGAAAAUUUGAUUUUAGGUUUAAUCCUCAAACUGAUGACGCCCAUACAAAGUUAGUUAUUUUGGAUGUCGCCACUGCAGGCGAGGACGACAACAUUUAUCUACUGGUCAGACUGGAGAGGCCUGGGGCUAAGGAGAGGGAAGUGCAGGUUUUUAACAAGACCGCUGACUUACAGCACAAGUUUCCUGUGAGGAGUGGGGACUGGAGACUAACAGUGACCAGCGGCAAACAACGCGGCAAAAUUCUGCUGUUGACACGUGACGUGUUGACAGGUGAUGACGUUGUUGAUAUUCAUGAGCCGAGUGGUGAGUUCGUUUGUAGCUUUGGUGGAGGACUGUUCAAGGAUGCAAGAGAUAUCACUGCUACUUGUGAUGGUCGUGUCAUGAUAGAGGACCGAGGCGAUGACAGUUUGUACAUAUUUGAUGUGGAGGGACACCAGCUUGGCAAAUUUAAUAUCAAACAUGAGAAAGAUUUCUAUGAUCGCAUUGGAUGUCACCCGGCAAGUGCAGACCAUGUUGUCCUUGCUGGUCAGGAACGAGAGACACACCGCCUGACGCUGGCUAUAUACACUGUUAAUGGCGAAUUUGUUCGCAGAAUUCAGCUGGAUGAAGUAGUACCAUAUGAUGUACGUGGAAUAACAGUGACCGUGGAGGGUCACAUUGCUGUGGCUUUACAGGAUAUUACAGACGAAGGUACUCUCCAAGCAAAGGUAAUUGUUGUUUAA